AUGGAAGUUUGUGCAUCACACCUCCUCAUUUCUCAUAAUCAUACUCUCUCUCUCUCUCUCUCUCAAAAAAAAAAAGAGAAACAUUCUUCAAGAAAAUAAAAACAGUUUUCUUGUUCUUAUUACAAAAAUAAAAAUAUGAAUCCGGGUCGUCUUCUAUGUCUCAUUGGUUUUCUCAUCCUCGUUGUUUUAUCUAAAGCUUCAAGAAUUCACGUUGAAAGACGACGCUUCUCCUCAAAACCUUCUACCGAAAGCAGAGGUUUUCUCCCUUCUCAGUCAACUCUGCCGGCCAUCGGCGCCGGUGAAAUAUUACCGGAGAAAAGGAAGGUUAAGACGGGAUCAAAUCCUUUGCACAACAAGCGAUGACGGAUAUACAAUAAUUAGUUUCCCUAACACACACACACACACACACUCUCUCUCUCUUCGUUUUUUAAACCACAUAGAUAUAUAUCACAUAUGUAUAUCUACUACACAUUUUUAAUGUAGGAUUUAUCCAAAUUUUUUCCAUUUCUUCUCAAUACUUAGUAAAUAUGUUUAUAAGAUGAUGCGUGAUUCAAUAAUAUGAUUGUACAAACAUACAGUUUUAGUUCAUCGUAUUUAUUUUAGAUCGAAGAACAACAAAA